CCCAUCCCAUCUCUCUCUGCACAAUAUAUUGACACACACUCGCACAGUGAUAUUGACAUAGUAGUAGACUGCAAAUUGGGUACUUGUAGCCCCUCAGCCUCUCUCCCGUCCUUCUUUUCUUUCUCUCUCACCAAAAGUACACAGGGUAGAGAAAAGCCAAAGCCACCUGUUAAUACAUUUACAAACCAUCACCUAAAACCACUUCCACCUGUGAUCACAUUUGUUAUAAAAACCCUUUAAUUAAAAUUCCCUUUUUUUGCUAUUCCUGUAAUUCCUUUUGUUGUUUUCCUUCCAUUUCUGACCAUUUUCCCCAAAUGGGUUUCUAUUUAUUGGCUUUGUAGGCAUCUGCACCGAAAAUCUCACCAAGAUUUUUUUUUUUUAUUAAGAUCACCCAAAUCUGAAAAACCCUUUCUUGAUUGAUCUCUUAUAUAUAAGAGAGAGAGAUAAAGAUUGGGUUUUUUAGUGAGGAGGAGGAUAAAGAUAGGAACUUUAUUUCUGAUUGGAAUUCUUGGGUUCUGUUGAGAAAAUUAGAGUAAUUUUCUGGUUUUUCCUUUUUUGGGUGUUUUGGGGUUAUUUAUUUUAGGAGGUUCUGCUUCCAUGGCUGCUGGGACAGAAGUUUCUGGUGAGACAGCGGUGGUGGAGGUCCCUCCUGUUGCUGUUCAGCCAGAUGAAACAACUGCUGCUUCAAAAAAUAAUGUUGAUUCUAAUUCCAGAAUGAAUGAUAUAUCUGCUCCUUUAACUAAUGGUGCCAAGGAGUCUGAUUCGAGUUCCAAUAAUUCGAAUUCAAAAUCAGAACUCCAAAUGCAAGAUAUAGUUGAUAUGUUGAAGAAACUGAAGUUGAAUCCACUGGCCAAGGAAUUUUUUCCUUCUUCAUAUUACCGUGAUCAAAUGGGAGUGACUAAUUUUGUGCCAGCUAAUAUGAAUUGGGGCAAUGAUGGUUUCCCCAAUAAUCGAAGGAGAAGAAAUAACUACAGUCAGGGCCGGAGGCGAUUUAAUGGUAGGGCUUUUAGAGCCCAAAGAGAAGAUAGCAUCAGGCGAACUGUCUAUGUUUCAGACAUUGAUCACAAUAUAACUGAAGAGCAACUUGCUGCCUUGUUUAGUGGUUAUGGCCAAGUUGUUGAUUGUCGAGUUUGUGGUGAUCCUCACUCCCGCCUUCGCUUUGCUUUCGUUGAGUUUUCUGAUGAAUACUCUGCUCGAGCAGCUCUUAACCUUUGUGGGACGAUGUUAGGAUUUUCUCCAGUUAAGGUGUUACCUUCAAAAACUGCUAUCCUUCCAGUGAAUCCUACAUUUCUCCCAAGGUCGGAGGAUGAACGCGAAAUGUGUGCUAGGACAGUUUACUGUACAAAUAUUGAUAAAAAGGUGUCUCAAGCUGAUGUCAAGAACUUCUUUGAAACUAGAUGCGGUGAGGUUUCUCGCCUGAGGCUUUUGGGAGACCAUGUGCACUCAACUCGUAUUGCGUUUGUUGAGUUUUCUAUGGCUGAGAGUGCAAUUGUGGCGCUGGACUGUUGCGGUGAAAUACUGGGGUCCCAGCGCAUUAGGGUGAGUCCUUCAAAGACACCUGUUAGGCCCCGCAUUCCCCGCCCUGUUCUGCACUAGCUGAUCUUUGGAACCAAAGAUUGGGAGGGACUUUAGCGCUAAUUUUGUUGGAAGAGAAGUUUGUCCUGAUGGAGGAGGGGUGAAACACGCCUUCCUCAUUGUAUUUCCAUCUUUCUGGCAAUAGUACCUUUUUUCCUGCUAUCAAGCAUCUCUCUUAACUCUCUGUUUAAUCAGUCUUAAGGAUUGUCGCAAUCCUGAGCACUUUUACCAGAAUGGAUGAUGGAUUAUUUUGUUUCCGCGAUUAUACAGAAACAGCGUAGUCCACAUUUUUGAUGAUUGUGAGUAGAAUUCUUGCAUGUUUAUUUCU